AGAGGACAGGCUUCAAUGCACUACCUUAGAUCUACCACCACCCCACGGUUGGCUAUAUAUAGCAUCAACAAACGUCUCUCCCUUCGCCCGCUCCCUUCGCUUCACUUGUUCUUCAUAGCCACUACUUUGCGUAGAACCAGUCAAUCUCCGCAAAGUAUAAUGGCGUCUCACAUUGUUGGAUAUCCCCGCAUGGGGCCGAAAAGAGAGCUUAAAUUUGCUUUAGAAUCUUUCUGGGAUGGGAAGAGCAGUGCAGAUGAUUUGCAGAAGGUGUCUUCUGAUCUCAGGGCAUCCAUCUGGAAACAGAUGGCUGAUGCUGGAAUUAAGUACAUCCCCAGCAACACCUUCUCGCACUAUGAUCAGAUGCUUGACGCCACCGCAAUGCUUGGGGCUGUUCCCCCUAGAUAUGGUUGGACUGGUGGUGAGAUUGAGUUUGGCACCUACUUCUCUAUGGCCAGAGGGAAUGCCUCUGUUCCUGCUAUGGAAAUGACCAAGUGGUUCGACACCAACUACCAUUAUAUUGUUCCUGAAUUGGGACCAGACACAAAAUUCACUUGUGCUUCUCACAAGGCUGUUAAUGAAUACAAAGAGGCCAAGGCGCUUGGAGUUGAUACUGUUCCAGUCCUCAUUGGUCCUGUUUCCUACUUGCUGCUAUCAAAACCAGCCAAGGGUGUCGAGAAAACUUUCUCUCUUCUUUCCCUACUUGACAAGAUUAUUCCAGUCUACAAGGAGGUCGUGACUGAAUUGAAGGCAGCUGGUGCUUCCUGGAUUCAGUUUGAUGAACCCACCCUUGUGUUGGAUCUUGAAUCUCACAAAUUGGAAGCAUUCACUAAGACCUACUCUGAGCUAGAAUCAUCUCUAUCUGGUCUGAAUGUUCUCAUCGAGACUUACUUUGCUGAUGUUCCUGCUGAUGCGUACAAAACUCUCACUUCUUUGAAGGCUGUUACUGGCUUUGGGUUUGACCUUGUUCGUGGAACAAAGACCCUUGAUUUGAUCAAGGGUGAAUUCCCUUCUGGCAAAUACCUCUUUGCUGGAGUGAUUGAUGGAAGGAACAUUUGGGCUGAUAAUCUUGCUGAAUCUCUCAGUACCUUGCAGACCCUUGAGGGCAUUGUGGGUAAAGACAAGCUUGUCGUCUCCACUUCAUGCUCACUUCUCCACACUGCUGUUGACCUUGUAAAUGAGCCUAAGCUGGACAAAGAAAUCAAGUCAUGGCUUGCAUUCGCUGCACAGAAGGUAGUUGAAGUGAAUGCCUUGGCCCAGGCAUUGGCUGGACAGAAGGAUGAGGCAUUCUUCUCUGAUAAUGCUGCUGCUCUGGCUUCAAGAAAGUCCUCCCCAAGGGUGACAAAUGACGCUGUUCAAAAGGCUGCUGCUGCCUUGAAGGGCUCUGAUCACCGCCGUGCUACAAAUGUGGGUGCCAGACUGGAUGCUCAGCAGAAGAAGCUGAACCUUCCAAUCCUUCCCACCACAACCAUUGGGUCUUUCCCACAGACCAUGGAACUUAGAAAGGUUCGCCGUGAGUACAAAGCUAAGAAGGUCUCUGAGGAUGAAUACGUUAAGGCCAUCAAGGAGGAAAUCAGCAAGGUAGUUAAGCUCCAGGAGGAGCUUGACAUUGACGUCUUGGUCCAUGGGGAGCCUGAGAGAAACGAUAUGGUUGAGUACUUUGGAGAGCAGUUAUCUGGUUUUGCCUUCACUGCCAAUGGUUGGGUCCAAUCUUAUGGGUCCCGAUGUGUCAAGCCACCUAUCAUCUAUGGUGAUGUCAGCCGUCCCAAGGCCAUGACUGUGUUCUGGUCCUCAAUGGCUCAGAGCAUGACCAAACGCCCAAUGAAGGGUAUGCUCACGGGCCCUGUCUGCAUUCUCAACUGGUCCUUUGUCAGAAACGACCAACCCAGAUUUGAGACCUGCUAUCAGAUUGCUUUGGCCAUCAAAGAUGAGGUUGAAGACCUUGAGAAGGCUGGUAUUAAUAUCAUCCAGAUUGACGAGGCUGCUUUGAGAGAGGGUUUACCUCUUAGGAAGUCUGAGCAGGCUUUCUACUUGGAAUGGGCAGUUCACUCCUUCAGGAUCACCAACUGCGGUGUUCAAGACACCACACAGAUCCAUACCCACAUGUGCUACUCCAACUUCAACGAUAUCAUCCACUCCAUCAUUGACAUGGAUGCAGAUGUGAUCACAAUUGAGAACUCCCGAUCAGAUGAGAAGCUCCUCUCAGUCUUCCGUGAGGGAGUUAAGUAUGGUGCCGGUAUUGGACCUGGCGUAUAUGACAUCCACUCCCCCAGAAUCCCAUCCCUUGAGGAGAUUGCUGACCGGAUCAACAAGAUGCUUGCUGUGCUUGAGACCAACAUCCUAUGGGUUAACCCAGACUGUGGGCUUAAGACCCGCAAGUAUGCCGAGGUCAAGCCUGCCCUCAGCCACAUGGUUGAAGCUGCAAAGCUCCUCCGCACCCAGCUGGCCAGUGCCAAGUGAAAUGAAGAUACUUUGAACUGAAUUUGGCUGGUGCGUUACUCGGCAAAUCUCAUUAGUGUUCGAGAAAUGUUUUCUUUCCAUGUGCUCAAAUAACUCCCGGGCUUGUAUUACAAAGUAGUAUCAAGUAUUUUAGAUCUUCCCAGGGCACAUGAUGUCUGCGCUGUCGGCAAUUUUUUUCCGCAUUUUGGUUUUUAAAUUUCUCUUUUUGAAGGGUUUGUAUUAUCUAUUACUUGGAAGGCCAAUGAGGACCCUAGUGUAUCUCAACCAAUGGAAAUUUAGAAAACUAUUAGU